GCUCUCUCCAACUUACUGCUUCUGUUGAACCGGACCGAGAGGAGACAGCGAAAGUUAGCAGCCGAAACACUUUUUAAACUUUACAACUUAUGUUUUAAUUGACGAGCCGACCGGAAACUAAAGUAGUGUUGGUUAUUUCCGGUCAUUUAUUAACGUUUUUUUCUCGAAGUUCUGACACAAACGAGCCAACAAAGGGAUGAGGCUGAAGAGGACCAACACAGCCAGUGGUGUCAUCACCUUCCACACACCUUUCUCUCUCAGCCUGCUGAAGUCAGAGGAGUGUGUGGCAGACGUGAACAACGCUUCAGAGAGCAGAAGGAGCUCGUCUCAGCCGAGGAGCCCCAGUAAAUGUGUGAGAGCAGAGAAAAGGGAUGAGGCCUCACCUUCUGGGCCGCAGCAGGGGAACGACCAGGACCGGCUCUCUCACUCCUCCCUCAGACGACUGCAGGCAAAGAUGGAGGCUGAAAAUCAGCAGGCGAAAGAAAUAAUCCAGCCGUUACUGGACACAGAAAAUGGUUUUGUGAAGAAGUUAGAGACAUUUCUGAACCAACGGGACGUAACAGAGCUGAGGAGGAGGGAGCUGCAGCACAAGCGCUGGACUGAGCGUGUAUGGUUUCCCCUCCAGAGGAGAGUGGAGGAACGAGCGUCCAGCUGCAGCCCUGUGGCGCUCAAGAGACGCCAGAGCUUAUACACUCACUACCUCCAACACUGCAACAGCAAGGGCUUUGUGUUCCUAGAGACGUAUGAUCUAAGAGAAUACAAUCCGUUUCUUCUCCGCAUCAAAAAGCCACACUACCUCAAGCUCAGUGCGUCUGACAUGAAGGACCGAUCGGACCGUCAGUUACAUGAAAGGCUGAAGGAAAACAGAACAGCUCGUUCUUGUGAAGCAGGAUUUAAAUACACGAGAGCACAAGACGAGACUCUACCUCAGAGGGACCGUCCUUUUAGUGAGUCUGACAUCCUGCCACAGGCCUCGUUUAAUCAUCCGGCCACUGCAUCCAGAAAAAUUCCAACAGACGAUCAGGCUGCGGGGAGGAAGUCCAGCAGGCUCAACACCAUACCACACCACAUCAGUGCCACCGCCCAACCAGAUGGAAGGUGCCAUCAGACCGGCUGCUGGAUCUCUAGAUGUGGAUGUCGCCAACAACCAGCGAGUUUAUAGCAAUUUCACUUGUUGCUUCAUCUAAAUAAAAUCCAUACUUUUC